GGCCUAUGUAGAGAACGUCAAGUAUAUAUCUUCUAGCUAAGUUUCACUCUCUUUGCCGGCCACAAAAAUACAACUGUCUUACUAACCUUAACCUCAAUACUUAUACAACUGACAUGACAUAGUUAACAAUGGAAAAAAUGUCAGGAGAGGAGAUUUGGUCAUCCGCUGAAGAAGAAUCCGGUGAAUCUCUGUCUCCAUUUGAUAACAGGAGUGGCUACAAUCCAAGAACAGGAAUUUACCAUUCUCUUGUUAAGCUUGAAACCAAACAUGAAAUCCCAACAAAGCUAGAUCUCAACACUGCAACUCUUGUGCUAUCACAGUUCUCACAAGGAGACCUUGCUGAUGCAAGAAUUGCAUUCAUUGACUUAAAUACUGAUCAUAGUGUAACCUACGGUGAGAUUCGUCGAUCAGUUUAUUCCCUUGCAACAGCUUUGUUCCAUGGACUUGAGAUUAGAAAAGGCGAUGUCGUGUUUUUAUUGUCUCCAAACUCAAUCUUGUACUCAACUAUAUGCUUGGCUGUGUUAUCAGUUGGUGCAAUUCUGACCACUGCCAACCCUCUCAAUACUAAGUCAGAAAUUGCAAAACAAGUACAUGAUUCAGGUGCUAAACUAGCUAUAUCGGCACCAGAAGAGUUACACAAAUUGGUCCCAACUGGAGUUCCUACAAUUCUCACCUCAGGGACAUCUGAUGGAAAGUUUUUAUCAGUUGAAGAGUUAAUAGAAGGCUGCUAUGAUUCACAUGAGUUGCCACAUGUUCCUGUGGAGCAAUCAGACACUGCCGCUAUACUUUACUCUUCAGGGACUACUGGAGUAAGCAAAGGUGUUGUUUUGACACAUGCAAAUCUCAUAACCAUAAUGAAACUACUCUGCUGGUCUGCUGAUGUAUCUACAGCACAAGACGAUGUUUUCCUCGCCUUCAUUCCAAUGUUUCAUGUCUAUGGACUGAUGUUCUUUGGAUUUGGCUUGUUGUGUGUUGGUGUUACAACAGUUUUGAUGCAAAAAUACGAUUUUCAAGCCAUGCUUGUCGCUAUCGAGAAGCACAAAAUUAAUAACAUACCAGCAGUGCCACCAGUGAUCCACUCAUUAGUGAAACAUGCUAGCAAAGAUGGUUGUGAUUUGUCUAGCCUAAGAAGAGUUGGCUCAGGAGCUGCACCUUUGAGUAAGGAAAUGUCACUGGAGUUUAGAAAACUGUUUCCUUGGGUUGAACUAAGGGCGGGUUAUGGACUAACAGAAAGUUGCGGGGGAGCUACGUUUUUCGGAUCGGAUAAAGAUGCUAAAGCUCAUCCAGAAGCAUGUGGAAAGUUGAUUCCAACUUUUUGUGCAAAAGUGGUAGACAUUGAAACAGGGAAGCCUUUGCCUCCACUCAAGGAAGGAGAGUUAUGGUUGAAAAGCGGUACUAUUAUGAAAGAAUAUUUAGGAAAUAUUGAGGCAACAACUGCAACAAUUGAUUCAGAAGGUUGGUUGAGGACAGGUGAUCUUGGUUAUAUUGAUGAGAAUGGAAUUGUCUACAUAGUCGAACGAAUAAAGGAGCUAAUCAAGCACAAAGGGUAUCAGGUAGCUCCUGCAGAACUGGAAUCUGUGCUGCUAAGUCAUCCCCUUAUUGUUGAUGCAGCAGUUAUUCCGGUUGAAGAUGAAGAAACUGGGCAGAUACCGAUGGCAUAUGUGGUGAGGGCAGCUGGUUCUCAACUAACAGAAGACCAAGUCAUUCAAUUUGUUGCAGGCCAGGUGGCUCCAUAUAAGAAAGUGAGAAGGGUGAGUUUUAUUGACGGUAUACCAAGGUCAGCUGCUGGCAAGAUAUUGCGAAAAGAUCUUGUUUUGCAAAGCAAAUACCAGCUUGUUUCUAAGUUGUGAGUAACUUGGACACAAACGAUUGUGCUACAGAAUGUUUUACUCUUUCUUCAAUUAAUGAAGUGGAGUUCAAAGCGAGGAGAAGCCACCUUGUAACAGAAGGGAUCAAAUGUUGUUUAUAAGCCUAAAGAAAUAAAGUUAUGGUGUAAUGUGAGGUCACCGUAAUGUGAAUGCAUAGCUAAUUUUGAUAGUUCUAGACUUUAUUCAUGUCCCGCUAAGAAUUUCAAUUUGUCAGUAGACUAUGUCUAAAACUUUGGUUUAGUAUAAACUGAGUUGGGGAAAAAAAAUAAAUCCAUCCCACAGUCACGGACACAGUGGAAUCAGAAUUCCAGACAUCAGUAACUAAAAUAAAUGCUUGUUGUUUGCAAUUUGAA